UACGGCACGCCAAUCUUCAGUAGGCAGUGGGCAUCGCGACGAGUGGGACGCAAACGACAGCGCCCGAAGAGACCGACCGCGGACAGGUGGAUAAGGACGUACUACGUGCGUGCAGUGGUGUGUGCGGCUCUUGUACCGUUUUCCUUCGUCGGCGCACCUGCAGCGGCAUGCCUGGAAAAGGAGCAAUGCCCGAGGUGGCAAUGAUCAGCACUGCCGAAGAUCCACGAUGUGUGGAAGGUCCUUCGGAGGCCGAGAAACCCGCUGAUGGAAGCUCGUGGAUUCGACAGAAAAAGGCAUGGCUCGUGGGUCUGACCAUCUUCGGUCUGGCCACGGUGGUGAUCGUCGUGGUCGCCGUCUGCGCUACAAUUUUAGGCCCUAAAAACCCGCCCAUAAAAGGUUACCUUGCCGAGUACCAGAAGCUCCCUGAUCACGAGGUGUACAGGCCGGCACCAUCGGCUGUCCUCAACGACACGGACCUAGAGCAGUGCGCCGCCAACUGUUCGACCAACCUCGAAUGGGAAUGCCAGCACGUGCAGUUUUGUUCUCGCGAAGGAACGCAACGGGGAACCUGUCAUUUGUUCCACGCCAACACCAGGCUGCGCUCCUACCUGUCCCACAGCUGCGACGUCUACACUCGUGGAGACCCUGCAGAGACUGGCAUUCCACACGGAGGAGCAUCAUCGCUGACGACAGGAGUUUGCGGAAGACUGUCCUGGAUUCUCUUGAGCUUGGUUGUGGCCGUCAUUGUCGCCUAACCAUGGCAUCGCCGCCCUCCGACAGUGGAGCCAUAUGCUGGAAGAGUGUCGAUGUCCUCAACCUCAAUCACCUUCAAUCGGCACACGUCUGCUCGGAAAAUACUCUGUGCCAGAAGAUGACAAGUGAUCUGGGACUGCAUUGUGCACCAAUCUCUACGCUUAGUGAGAACAGCAAAGAUCCAUGCGUUUGUUGUCUUUGUCCUCCCCAAAAUGUUAAUCUAUAGAAUGUUAAUUUAUAGUGCUUGGCCGAGUCGAGUUGGCAGUUAGUCAUGCCACUAAUGUCCCCGGUUCUCGCGCUGCAUUUUUGUUCUCUUUCGUGAGCUCUUGGGCGGGGGAACCUUUCCCGACGGUGAUAUAUGGCAUAAUACUCCUGUGAUCACAUCAAGACAGGUUAUGUUUGAUAUAUCGCAUAAUACUCUUGUGAUCACAUCAAGGCAGGAUAUGUUUGUACUGUUAUAGCACUGGUCCUUGCAACAGAGAUCUGCUAAUAAACCACCCCUAGUUCAUCGGCAAUGUGGGCUGCCCCCCCCCCCCCCACCCCCCACCCUAAAGAAAAAACCCAGACUCGCGGAGCGGUGGGCAGUGCCCCUAUUCAGUAUUCUCAUUCCACGUAAAUUCCAGCUCUAACUGAAAAAUGUUUGCCGAUGUUUUCUACUGAACUAAAUGGAACGGUGUUCCGCGUAUAACUGCAAAGCACACUUUAUUUUAUGUUUUAGAUACACAUAGCAAUAAACGUGUAGAACAGCCGCUAUUAUCCGGAAGAGUUUCAUACACCUGCAAAUAGCACUUAUCCCCCCGAAACACUAUUUCGCACCACUCUACCUGGAACAUAGGCGUGCGAACACAGAGUGCGGGGCAGCCAGGGGGCAUGCCCUCUGCCCUCGCACCCUUUCGCUUCCCUUGGGAAGGGGCGGGCGCAGCUUUAGUGCACAGUCGUCGGUUCCCUUUCCCGCAAGCCCCUUCGAUAGUUGCUUUUGUGUUCUGUUGAGCAGGGCAUUGCGCUGUCUGCCAGCUAUAUGCUUCCACCAUUCAUUCACCCAUUGGUCAGAAAGAAUGCAAGCUUUUGCAAACAAGCACAGGAUGUGUAAGAGCUAGAACAUUUAAUUACUCAGUUUACCCGUGCUUGUUAGCAUCCCAAAUACUUCAUGCCUUCUGCCUUGAAGAGCACAAUGUAACAUAUCUUGUGUAGUAGCAGGAAACUUGAUUUUGUCCGAGAUGGGGUUUAGGGAGGGGGGAGUUGGGAGGGCCCGCCCUCUUCCCCAGGUGGCGACCAGACCUUGUGCUUUCGUGGCAUCUUCGGUCGGCCAUCUGGACGACCCAGAGUUUGAGAUCCGGGUGCGUGUAUACGUGUGUGUGUCUGUGUGUGUGUCUGUGUGUAUUAUAUAUUUUUGCGGGGACGGUAUAAAAGUUCACAAGUUACUGCAUUUGCUGUAAUACAUCAGCAUUCGCGCAGAGAUCUGUUGCAGAGUUCGCGAAUCGUGUAGUUUUACGACUUUCUACGGGUAUUCGUGCACGUGUGACACGUGAAAUUGUACUUCGUUGCAUACAGUAACGUUUCGAUCAACUGUGUGAAGUGUUUGGACUCAAUAAAAUGUUACUGAAAAGAGAA